CACAUCAUGAACGUAUGGUAGGGACACUGUGAAUAAUUGAUCCGAUCUACAAAAACUACUGUUCGAAUCUUUGCAUUGUAAAGGUACAGAUUUCUCGAACGCUGGCAUACGGAAACUCUAUGAAUGGCUUGACUGAAAGCCGGCAUCAAAUCGCGUGUUUCUCUUCUGGACCGCCCCAUAAUCUACAUGAGGCAAUCUUCACAUCAUCAACGACUUGGGCGCAAUACAAGCGAGCCGGAGUCCAGCGGCUCGACCAGCCUGAACCCAUGCGUACUUCUCAAUUUGCUGCGAUGGCUGACAGCGUCGCUUUUCAAGCAAAAGCCACGAGCGAGCUGCCUCGUUCGGCUUCUUCUUCAGCUUAUCGAAGAUUCUUGAGGAAGUGGACGGGUCAGGAUUCGAGCGACCCGAGACGCAUUCCACGGAAGUUGGCAUCGAUCCCGUUUGCAGCUUCGUUGCUAGAGCCAUCGUUGACACAUGACGAUAUACUGAGACUCCGACUGCAAUUGCAGCGAAUCGCUGACAUUACUGUGAUCGACUCCACGCGCGACAAGAGAAAAGAGCUUGUUAUCAAGUUGAAAUUGUCACUGCAGCCUGCAAAACCCCGUGAGCGAGUCGGCAUUUUCGUCCCAAACAAUGCGCCUGUGACGUACGAGACCACAAUUACUUUUCGCGACGUGAACCACUUGGACAAAGUGCUGGUAUUUUGCGUCAACAAAAUGGCGGGAAAUUGUCACGAUAAUUGUGGUUUUUGCGCGCGUUUCCGAAAGUACCUCGGCAAUUACUGGGUCAAAGAUCCACUCGUGACUGUCAUCAACAUGGGUGAUACUGUACUCCGCAAGCCUUCGCUGGCUCUGCAUCUGGCUCACUUGGUGGCAUUUGCUACGGGGAUACACACGGAGUCUCCACGCAUCGCGAAUAAUCCGAAGAGUAAACAAGUUGCGGCGGUGCAGCUUGUGCCAAAUGAUAAAAAACGAAUCGACGUUGUGGACGUAUGCACUGCACAAAACGAGGUCACAGCGGUGCUCUACAAUUUCUUCAAUGUUUCCAAGUAGGAGGCGGCCGCACGUGCGUCUGGAGGUGGUGUUACAUGCACUACAGUGAAAGUCUUUUUGUUUUACUACUUAGUAAGAAAAAAAAAACUUUAAAAAUUCACCGUUGCAAUAAAAGUUGUUUGACAGAUGAUCA